AGGAGUAAAUUGCGGAGAGAUUGACCUCAAGGGGUACACUUCAGUUUUAACAAGUUCUUCCUCAGCCGACAAUAGAGUUUAUUCGUUCAUGCCUUGUGGAACGAUUAUGUCACUACCGAGUGCUGCAUGCAAUGGGACAAAAGCUUGCCAACAGGAUGGAACACUUUAUAGUCCAAUUGGAGCACCUACUGGAGCGACGUGCGUAGUCGAUCAAACUGGCCUGGUGCCAACAGUGACGUAUCCAGGAACACCAGCUUCCGGAUCCUCAGCAAAAAGGGGCGUGAAAGCAACUUACAACUGUGACCAGUCAGUUUCCGGUCUACCAUUCACAGUUGAACAAACGACCCUCGAAGUAGACACCUACUACUAUCCCUUUGAUUUUCGAGGUUCUGGUGCUUGUCGCGUGGUACCACACAGAAGCGAUCCUUCCAUUGGACUGAAACUGAGUCUGAAAAUGGAUGUAGAGUCUUUCCCCGAUCCUUACUCUGGUUCUUGGGACUUCAAGGGGUGGUUUGUGGGACGCAUCCAGACCACUGGAAACCAUAACGAUACGUGCGAGGAGUGAAAAGUUGAUGAAUUGAGAGAUAAAAUCAAGAAACUCCACUAAUCUUCUUCAAAUGACUCUCUAUGUGACUGCCCAAUUGGUAUAAUGUUUACAUGGCAUCAUUUAAAAAGAAAACCUUUCUCAAUGGCUUAUUUUUUACAACU